AUGUGGAGUGCAUGCGGCGGUGGCGAGGAGCCCCCGCAGCACCUGAUCGACAUCCCGCCUUCGUACGACCCGCAGUGCGAGCGGCUUAUACGUCCGCGGCCGCGCGCCGAGGGAUCGCUCCGCUGCGUGGUCCGGCUCCAGCCUCGAGAGAAAGACGUGCUCAUGCACGUCGAGGACGGCAAUGUCCUGCUGCUCGUCGCUCGGAAGGAGGGCAAGCACUGGCGGAUAGGCGAGCGAGACAGUCCCGCCUCGCCCUCCUCCCGCCUCCGGCCGACGCUCCCUCCUCCCGUGUCGGCCGCAGGAGCCGACCGUGCCUUUGCUUCGGCGAGCGCACUUGUGCAGCUGACGACGUGUGGCGGAGGCGCCUACUCCGUCGAGAGGGUCAACACGAUGGCUGCGCUGCUCCCCUUGGACGAGUCGGCCGAGGCGCGGGACGGCAGCGGGCGCGAGUGGCUGCCAGGGGAGGCCGAGCCGCCGGGCGAGCUGCGAUCGCAGCUGCACGACGCGCUCGUCGGCCAGCCGACGCCAGGAGCCACUUUGCUGAUGACGAAGCUGCCUCGAUGGAACCCCUCAACGGACGCUUUCGAGCUGCCCUUCCACGGGCGCGCCAACCUGGCCUCCGAGCGCAACUUCCAGCUGGUCACCGCACUGCGAGGCAAGGUUGCCGCGGACGCGCCCAUCGUGCUGCUGCACGGAAAGUUGGACGAGGCGACGUACUCGCUCGACUUUCGCUACCCGCUCUCGCCCUUGCACGCCUUUGCCCUCGCGCUUGUCACUUGGGGCUGGUGA